AGAUAGCCCUCUUUCUUCUUCUUCUUCCUGAUUUCAUUAUUCCUUGAUCAGAGAAUCUGUUUUCCGUAUUUCUAUUCGCCGCCUUUCUUUCUUUCUUUCUUUCUUUCAUUCUUUCUAGGAAUUAUAAUAGUAGUAGAGAGUAGUAGGUGUUCUUUCAGAUUGUUGCAUUCGAAUUGGGAAAUUACGCGAAUCUCUCUUCAAGUUAUAAGAGAGAUCUUUGUAGUUGAUACCGCUGAAGAGGGGGAGAGGUUUCCAGAAGAAUGCUAGUUGGAUUCUUAUGAGAAGGACGAGAAAUCUUCGAUCGUCAUUACUCUCUCCAAGCUUCCUGUCCUCGAAGCGUUAAUUCAGUAAUGGCCGCAGCCACCGCCUCUUCACUUGUUCUUCAAACCACCAACAAUCACUCAUCGUCUUCAAAAAGUCAGUUCCUCAUCGAAAAUCCUCUUCUCUCCAACGACUCAUUAGCUAGGGUUUCCGUCCGGAGCAGGAGUCAAUGCAAGCCCUACAGCGGUUGGUGCACAAGUCAUGAUUAUACUAACAUUAUUCCGGUGCAGAAGUCCAAGACUUUUGCUCCAUGCAUAUUUAGGGGGCAAUUGUCUUGUGAUUUCACAGAAGCAGCAGUUAUAAAUAAUCACGAGAAUGCUUCUGGUAAGCUGUUAAAUAGUCAUAGUUCCAUUGAUCAUCAUGGCACUUCAAAUGAUCAAUCGUCUUUGGAUAAAGUUGUGGUAGCUGUUGAUGUUGAUGAAGUUCUUGGCAACUUUGUGUCGACCUUAAAUUUGUUUAUUGCGGAUCGUUAUUCUUUGAACCAUUCAGUAUCUGAGUACCAUGUGUAUGAAUUUGCCAAGAUAUGGAACUGCACAAGGGAUGAAGCUAACAUCCGUGUGCAUGAGUUCUUUAAAACGCCCUACUUCAAGAGAGGGAUCCAGCCAAUUCCUGGUGCUCAAGAGGCUCUUCAGAAGUUAUCAAGAUUCUGUAAUUUUUCGGUGGUGACGUCGAGGCAGAAUGCAAUAAAAGAUGAUACAAUUGAGUGGAUUGAGAAGCAUUACCCAGGACUGUUUCAAGAUAUUCACUUUGGGAACCACUUUUGUCUGGAAGGGCAGUCUCGAACUAAAUCAGAAAUUUGCAGUUCGGUUGGAGCUAAAAUUCUGAUAGACGAUAACCCUAGAUACGCUGCAGAGUGUGCUGAAGCGGGGAUGGGGGUAUUGCUUUUCGACUAUGAGAACUCGUAUCCUUGGUGCAAGACUGAAUCGGUUUGGGAGCACCCUCUCAUUACUAAGGUUCACAACUGGAAACAAGUGGAAGAUGAAUUAAUGUCAUGGAUCAUUCAUUGAUCUAAUCUUCUGCAAAACUAUAUAAUGCAAUUAAUUAUGCAUCCCAAUAUCAUAUGAUUUUAUUUUUUGUUUGAUUUGGUUUAGUGGAAGAAACAUAUAAAAAUAUACAUUAAUUGACUAGUGACUUAAUUUGAUGCUGAAUUUGAUUUGUUGGUGGCCUCUUCAACUAAUGAAUAUGUAUGGAUGGAGAAGCUAUCUAC